AGCUUCUGAGCCCCUUCAGUUCAAUCUACCCACUCCACUCCCAGCUUAAGCCAGAGUCAUGGCGGCGGCGGCGGCGGCCCUGGUCUACCUGCUCGUCGCUCCUCUGCUUGCCAUCGUGUCUCUGGUCUACUUCCACUGGGCGGCGCGCCGCCGCGCCGGGAGCGGACGGCUGCCGCCGUCGCCGUGGGGGCUGCCGGUGAUCGGGCACCUCCACCACCUGAUGGGCGCGCUCCCGCACCACGCCAUGCGCGACCUGGCGCGGCGGCACGGCCCGCUCGUGAUGCUCCGGCUCGGCGAGCUCCCCGUCGUCGUCGCGUCGUCCGCGGAGGCGGCGCGCGAGGUGAUGAAGACGCGCGACAUCGAGUUCGCCACGCGGCCCAUGAGCCGGAUGACGCGGCUCGUCUUCCCCGUCGGCAGCGAGGGCAUCAUCUUCGCGCCCUACAGCGACGAGUGGAGGGAGCUCCGCAAGGUCUGCACCGUCGAGCUGCUCAGCGCGCGGCGCGUCCAGUCCUUCCGCGCCGUCCGCGAGGAGGAGGCCGGCCGCCUGCUCCGGGCGGUGGCGGCGUCGUCGGCGCCGCCAGGGCACGCCGUGAACCUGAGCGAGCUGCUGUCCGCGUACGCCGCCGACUCGUCGGUGCGCGCCAUCGUCGGGAGCCGGUUCAAGGACCGGGACAAGUUCCUGACGAUGCUGGAGCGCGGGCUCAAGCUGUUCGCCAGGCACACCUUGCCGGAUCUCUACCCGUCGUCGCGCCUCGCCAUGUCGCUGAGCCGAAUGCCUCGCCGGAUGAUGCAGCACCGCCGGGAGGUGACAGCGUUCACGGACGCCAUCAUCAAGGAGCACCAAGAGAACAGAGCCACCAUUGACGACGACGACAAGGAGGACUUGCUCGACGUGUUCUUGAGGAUCCAGCGGGAAGGUGACCUGCAGUUCCCCCUGUCCACCGAAAGAAUCAUGACAACAAUCAACGACAUGUUUGCGGGGGGCAGCGAGACGGCGGCGACGGCGUUGCAAUGGAUCAUGGCGGAGCUCAUAAGAAACCCAAGAGUGAUGCAGAAGGUACAAGAUGAGGUACGACGAGUACUCGCUGGCCAUGAGAAAGUAACCGAAGAUGCAAUGAGCAGCUUGAAUUAUAUGCACCUUGUCAUCAAGGAGACACUGCGGCUGCAUCCUCCCGUGCCUUUGCUGUUGCCGCGGGAGUGCAGGGAAACAUGCCAAGUGUUAGGAUUCGACGUGCCAAAGGGAACAAUGGUGUUAGUAAACGCGUGGGCUAUCAGCAGGGACCCCAGAUACUGGGACAACGCUGAGGAGUUUAUCCCCGAGAGGUUUGAGCAUAGCAAUAUCGACUUCAAAGGGACGAACUUUGAGUACACACCAUUUGGGGCCGGGCGAAGAAUGUGCCCCGGGAUCGCAUUUGGUCUAGCAAAUGUGGAGCUCACACUCGCGAGCCUCCUGUACCAUUUCGAUUGGCAAUUGCCACGUGGGAUGGAGCCUAUGGAUCUGGACAUGACGGAGGAGAUGGUGGUUAGUGCGAGGCGCCUCCAUGAUCUUUUGCUUGUUCCUGUGGUUCGUGUUCCUUGCCAGUAGUCUCAUCAUAGUAUGUGAUUUUGUAAUCUUACCAUUAGUUGAAUAGCUCGUGUACACUUCAUGACUGGAUUUACUUCAAAGUUUAAAUUUCCAGCAAUAAAUUUCUUUGAAAAAAGGACUUGAAUACACUUCUUUUUCAAAAAAAAAAAGACAAAUAGUACAGAAAUAUGAAUUACGAACAGAAGUUUCAGCACACAAGAUAGGCCAAUAUAUCAGUCAAGGAUGGUAACCAAAGAGU